CCACCCAAUUCCCACCGGCUCCCCGCUCUGCGCCCCCCGUUUCCCCCCAAGGUGGACAAUUCCUCGCUGACGGGGGAGUCGGAGCCGCAGACGCGCUCCCCGGAGUUCACGCACGAGAACCCCCUGGAGACGCGCAACAUCUGCUUCUUCUCCACCAACUGCGUCGAAGGGACCGCGCGGGGCAUCGUCAUCUCCACCGGGGACCGGACGGUGAUGGGCAGGAUCGCGUCGCUGGCCUCGGGGCUGGAGGUGGGGCGGACGCCCAUCGCGAUGGAGAUCGAGCACUUCAUCCGCCUCAUCACCGGCGUGGCCGUCUUCCUCGGCCUCUCCUUCUUCAUCCUCUCCCUCAUCCUGGGCUACACCUGGCUGGAGGCCGUCAUCUUCCUCAUCGGCAUCAUCGUGGCCAAUGUGCCCGAGGGGCUGCUGGCCACAGUCACGGUGAGGG